AUGGCGGCUCGCGGGGUCCGGCAGCGGCUGAAGGGAAGCAGCGGCGGUGGCAGCGGCGGAGACACAGCCAAAUUGCGGGAGGAACUUCUGGGUCGAGAAGCAACGAUUGCCUCGGAUCAGGGAGCUGAACCACCUGGGAGUAAAGCAGGACAAGUCUGGGCACCUGAAGGGUCCACUGCUUUCAAGUGUUUGAUCUCAGCUCGAUUCUGUGCUGCCCUCCUGAGUAAUAUUUCUGACUGUGAUGAAACAUUCAACUAUUGGGAACCAAUGCACUACCUCGUCUUUGGGAAUGGAUUCCAGACAUGGGAAUAUUCCCCAGCUUAUGCUAUCCGAUCCUAUGCUUACCUGUGGCUUUAUGCCUUGCCAGUUAUGUUCCAUGCAAAAGCCCUACAAACUAACAAGGUUCUCAUCUUUUACUUUUUGCGAUGUAUCCUGGCUUUUGUGAGCUCUGUUUGUGAACUUUACUUUUAUAAGGCUGUGUGCAAGAAGUUUGGCCUCCAUGUGAGUCGACUGAUGCUAGCAUUUUUAGUUCUCAGCAGUGGGAUGUUUUGCUCAUCGGCAGCCUUUCUUCCUAGCAGCUUCUGUAUGUACACAACCGUGAUAGCUAUGACUGGCUGGUUCAUGGACAAAACAUCCAUUGCUGUGCUGGCAAUAGCUGCUGGGGCUAUUGUUGGCUGGCCAUUCAGUGCAGCUCUAGGAUUACCUAUUGCCUUUGAUUUGCUGAUCAUAAAAAGAAGGUGGCAGAGUUUUCUUCACUGGUCACUAAUGGCUUUAGUACUCUUUCUGGUACCGACAGUGAUCAUUGAUAGCUACUACUAUGGGAAAUUGGUGAUUGCCCCUCUCAACAUUGUUUUGUAUAAUGUUUUUACAGCCCAUGGACCUGAUCUAUAUGGCACAGAACCCUGGUAUUUCUAUUUAAUUAAUGGGUUUCUGAAUUUCAAUGUGGCCUUUGUAUUGGCUCUUCUGGUCUUACCACUAACUUCCCUCAUGGAGACCCUGUUGCAGAGAUUUCAUGUUCAGAAUUUAGGCCGUCCUUACUGGCUUACCUUGUCUCCAAUGUACAUUUGGAUCAUCAUCUUCUUUGCUCAGCCUCACAAAGAGGAAAGAUUUCUUUUCCCCAUUUAUCCUCUCAUAUGUCUGUGUGGUGCAGUGGCUCUUUCAGCACUUCAGAAAUGUUAUCACUUCAUGUUUCAACGCUACCGUCUAGAACAUUACACGGUUUCUUCCAAUUGGUUGGCUUUAGGGACUGUCUUCCUCUUUGGGCUGCUAUCUCUGUCUCGAUCUGUGGCACUGUUCAGAGAGUAUCAUGGACCCCUUGAUUUGUAUCCUGAAUUCCACCAAAUUGCUACUGAUCCUGCUAUCCACACAGUCCCAGAAGGGAGGCCAGUGAAUGUCUGUGUGGGGAAAGAGUGGUACCGAUACCCCAGCAGCUUUCUUCUACCUGAGAAUUGGCAACUUCAAUUCAUUCCAUCAGAGUUCAGGGGACAGUUGCCGAAACCUUUUGCCCAGGGACCAAUGGCCACACGGAUUGUUCCCACUGACAUGAAUGACCAGAACCAAGAAGAACCAUCUAGAUAUGUUGAUAUCAGCAAAUGCCAUUAUUUAGUGGACUUGGAUACAAUGGCAGAAACACCUCGGGAGCCAAGGUAUUCAUCCAACAGAGAUGAAUGGAUCAUCCUUGCUAACAGACCAUUCCUUGAUUCUUCCAGGUCUUCAAGACUAUUUCGAGCAUUCUAUGUUCCCUUCCUGUCAGAAAAGCAUACAGUGUAUGUGAAUUAUACCAUCCUCAAACCCCGGAAAGGAAAACAAGCCAGGAAGAAGACUGGAGGUUAGGAGCACAUGUGUGGUCCCAAAGAACCAGCCAUUGCUGCUACCUAGUGGCUACAUGGGCAUGUCCUCCAAUCAUCACUUGUAACAUUCACAAUAAAGAUUUUCCAACUUGAA